AUGUCGCUCGCAAUUGAAUCACUCAAUCUGAAUGAGAGAGAGGAUAAACUCGUUGUCGGAAUCGACUUCGGUACAACUUACUCGGGAAUUGCGUGGGCCACAGCAAGACAUGGCAGCGAUAUCAUUCUUAUCAACGAAUGGCCAUCACACAAUCCAGUAUCGAAUGGGAAUGAUAAAGUGGCCACCGAAAUCCGCUAUACAUCAGAAGGUAUCGAGUGGGGCUAUCAAAUCCCGCCCACUGUAGAGAGGCACCAGUGGUUCAAACUAGAAAUCGGCAGCCGUCAACUAGCGGGCUUAGGCCAACCGAAGACGGCGAACGAGCUAGCCAGCGACUACAUGAGAGAGCUCUACGGUCAUCUCAUGUGCAUGCUGGCGCGCACAUUUGGAGCAAAUGUCCUCUCAACAUUGACGCUGGAUUUCUGUUUGACAGUCCCUGCUAUCUGGCGCGAAGCCGAAAAAGAAGCCACUCUUCAAGCGUUCCGGAGCUCGGGGGUAGGAAGGGAUGCCAAGGUGUUGCUGGCCUCGGAGCCCGAAGCUGCGGCCAUUUAUACUUUGAAGGAACUCAAUCGUCAUGAUCUCAAGGUGGGAGACACGUUUGUGCUGUGCGAUGCUGGUGGAGGAACGGUCGAUUUGAUCUCGUACACCAUUACCGCCCUCCAGCCUGAACUCAUGAUCAAAGAGGCCACUGCCGGGACGGGAGGCCGGUACGGCUCCACGUUCUUGAAUCGGCGAUUCGCGGAGAUGGUCGUCCAGAACCUCGGAAAUGCACCGGGCUGGAACGAAGACAUUCUAGCGACUAUGACGGACCGCUUUGAAACAUUGGUCAAGCGGAUAUACGCUCCAAGGACAGAACCCUAUUAUACCUUUGUGGCGCCAGGCCUGGGCAGAAACCCGGCCAUAGGCAUUCGGCAACAGGGAAGGUAUACCGUCACAUCCGCCGAGCUGGAGACGAAAGUGUUUGCGCCGAUCGUCACUGAAGUCGUCAAGCUGGUGGAUAAUCAGAUCCAAGAGGCUGGAAUCGAAGUCAAGGCCGUGCUCCUCGUCGGAGGUUUCGGGCAGAACGAUUAUCUCAGGGAGAGCCUACGGUCCAACAUCGGUAGAGUUGCAGUUCUACGGCCGGAUAAUGGAUGGACUGCCGUUGUUCGCGGUGCCGUGAUGAUGGGGCUGAGUGGUGCAGACGCGGCGCUCACUUCCGUUGGGAUCGAGUCGAGAGUUGCGAGGAAACACUACGGGUUUGAGCUGAACACCCCUUUCCAGGCAGGAAAACAUAUGGAAUCUAAGAGAUAUUGGUGCAGCAUAUGGCGCCAAUAUAGGACGAAAUGUAUGAAGUGGUUUAUACGCAAAGGCGACGAAGUAGAAGAGAAUGAUCCGAGAUCAUUCUCGUUCGUCUGCGACUACUUGGUGGCAAAUGGGAUACCGACUGGUUUCACCAUGGACGUGGAUCACGACCAGGAGACCGAAUAUGCGCCCGUACAUCGCGUCGAUACUGUUCGCAGUCUCCUCACUCUGAGAGGGAAUCUCAGACAGCUGCCGAUAUCUGAAUGGGAGUCGAUGAUAGUCAUCCGGCCGGAUGGAAAGGAAUAUUACUGCUUGCGAUGUGCGAUCGAGGUCACCUUUUACUCCGCCAACACUAAGUAUGUCCUCCUCAGCCAGGGGAAGCGGUACGACGCUGUGACUGCGGAAUAUGUCUGA